AUGGCAGAGCAUAGGAGAGACUUCGAGAAGAAAACAAAGCCCAUUAUAGAUACCUUGAGAAACUAUCAACACUUGCCACCGGAUAAAGCUCUUGCUGCAUUAGCGGUUGUGGAUAAGAAAAGACAAGAUGCAGCUGCGGAGAAGUAUCUUGAAGAAAUCUUGAAUUCUGCACCAACCACGCCUGACUGA